AUUCUCAACGAUUCACCUCCCCAGGCUAGAAAUUGCACGUAUGAAUUACCUGUUUUCUCGUCUUUCUGAUCCAGAACUAUGAACCCAUGAACGUUGUUUCGUUUGAAGGUCUUUAAUUCGGCCAAUAUUUUGCCACUCCCAUCAUCAAUUAGGCGAGAGUACGGCCCUUGUCCUUGCAAAAUAAGUCUUGCAUCUCCCAAAUUAAGUGCUUUCAGUGCAGUUACAGGGAGGCAGACAUCUAUGUGCUAAGGGUGGGAUUAGCGGUUGCAUUGUGCGGUAUUGAAUAUCGAUCACCAACCUCGAGCGGUGGAUGCAUUGAGGCAAGGAACAAGACAUUAGUUUGCAAGGCCGUGAGUUUUUGAAUGAAAUGUUUCCUGAUGCUCAAAAUUGUACAGCAGCAUUUAAAUUUCCCCACAUGCCUCGAUUAUCAUUUCCAAAAUUCCCAGAAUUUCUAUCGAUAGCGAGACGGAUUAUGUAAUGCACUCGCCUUAGGCAACUUUCUAGAAGAGGCAUAAUAGGGCACGUGAUAUCGCGGUUCUCGUGUCGACGCAGUGGCGACACGAGCCAAGGGAGUUUACUUAUCAUUGUCUCACCGGUUAGGCUCUUGACUUUCCUUAGCCCUUGAGACCGCGUAUACUGUCUACGGUCUGGUCUAUGAGUGUGGCACAAGGCCAUGUCGUCGAGGUACUACUAUGACGCAACCUUAGAUCCGCCAUUCCUAAGUCAGCAUGGGUGUCCAUGGGCUUUGGACCGUUUUGCAACCUUGUGCGCGGCCCAUAAAAUUAGAGGCACUCAAUAAGAAACGCUUAGCGGUUGAUGCUUCGAUCUGGAUAUAUCAGUUCUUGAAAGCUGUACGUGAUAAAGAAGGGAAUGCUCUUCGUAACUCUCAUGUCGUUGGCUUCUUCCGUCGCAUCUGCAAGCUGCUUUACUUCGGAAUAAAGCCAGUUUUCGUGUUUGACGGUGGUGCCCCGAUUCUUAAAAGACAAACAAUAGCUGGCAGGAAGAAGAGACGGGAGGGUCGCAGAGAGGAUGCCGUACGAACCGCCGGGAAGCUGCUUGCCGUACAGUUGCAAAGGUCUGCGGAGGAAGAGGCAGCCAGACGCAGAGAUGGUGCGCCCAGAGAGCAAGAGGAAGUCCCAGAUAAUCCGGUAUAUGUCGAAGAUGCUGGUAUGACCGAGAAAGAGAAGCACCAAGCUCGGUCAUUCAGGAAAAAGGAUGCUUACCAUCUCCCGGAUUUGCAUGUCUCACUGGAAGAGAUGGGAGCUCCGAACGAUCCACGGAUUAUGUCUCGUGAAGAACUUGAGGAAUAUGCGAAACAGUUCUACAGAGGUGAAGACAUCAACCUAUACGAUUUCUCCAAGAUCGAUUUCGACAGCCCAUUUUUCAUGAGCCUUCCUGCCACGGAUCGAUAUAAUAUCCUAAAUGCCGCGCGACUACGAAGUCGACUGCGCAUGGGUUAUUCUAAGGAACAGCUGGAAAGCAUGUUUCCAGAUCGCAUGGCCUUCUCAAAAUUUCAAAUUGAGAGGGUAAAAGAAAGGAAUGACCUUACUCAACGUCUGAUGAAUAUAAACGGCAUGAAUGGUGAAGAUGCUUUUUAUAAUUCGGGCCAGCGGAUUGCUGGAGAGCGCGGUAAGGAGUACGUGUUGGUCAAGGAUAACGCCGUGGAAGGUGGUUGGGUCCUGGGUGUCGUAGGAAAUAAGGAUGAAGGGCGGGAGCACAAACCUAUCGAUGUCGACCAGUAUGGCAAGCAAGAAAUUCUUCCGGAGAAGGAUGAAGAUUCGGAAGAUGAUGGGGGCUUUGAGGAUGUGCCCAUAGAAGGCCUCAACCGUCUUCCCAAACUUGAGUUCCUUCGGGAAGGCAUCUUCGAUGCUUCGAUCAGACAGCAGGUGCAGGAGAAUACCGGGCGAAGGGCCACUCCAGGUCUGCCACAGAGCCAUGAAGAUGACUCUCUUUUCGUGCAGGAGGAUGGACACGAAAGACUACAUCACCGCGAACGUCGUGCUAUUGACGAUAUAUUUGAGAUGGAUGGAGAGAAUCAAGAUGAAGAUCUUCAAAAAGCGAUAGAAAUGUCGUUGAGACCCACGUCUCUUCUAGAUCAACAUGAUAGCGACAUGCCAGACAUCUCGAUCAACCGUAGCAGUGCUCCUCUAGCUCCGCUCAAAGAAACGAUACCAAGUUUCAGUCCCGACAGCGAUGACGAUGGCUUAGACUUUGCAACUGCCCUAGCGCAGUCGAAAAGGGCGAAGAAAGACCCAAUCUCGAAUAAUCCUUUUGAUGGGCCUCUUCCUUUUGAGUCUAUCAAGCUUGACAAGCCCUUCAAAACGAAAAAGCCCCAAUAUGAAGAGCUUGAUCAGCAUGCUGGUGGCUUCGAAAAAGAACCAGCAAAGAAGACAAAAGCUGAACAACCGUUACCACCUUGGUUUUCUGGAGGGAGCUCGACUGCCGAGUUUAUUGCCGAUACUGAUGCAGGUGCUAGCCCAUUGGAAACUCAUCGGGAUAGUACCAUAACCCCAGAUCAUGUUUUUCUGAAAAAUCAUCAAACCCCAAAAGUCAUUGACGUUGAUAUGCUUCGUAGCACAAAUGAGGUGGUUGACUUGGAAGCGAACUCUGAGGAGUGCAAACAGCCUCGGGCUACACAAACGCUGGACAAGACAGAGGCUCCGACAAAGGAUACUACGGCUGCAUUCCGUGAGAUUCCUCCGGCAGCUACUGAAGCAACCGACAUCUCCGGACGAGUUUCUAUUGCAGAGGCUGCCCAUGGACCAUUUACUUCCCAUGAUAUAGAGUCUAGUAGGGAUGAGCAGGCAGACCUGUUGCGUACUCAACCGUCGCCAUCUCCCGAGUUUGAAGAUGUUGAACUACACCCAAAAGAGGCGAUAACCGAUACUGUUGUUCCUGAGAUGGAAUCACAAAGCCAUCGAUUUGAUGAGCUUGAAGGUAUCAUCGGGGAAGAUGAUGGGUUUUCAGAUCCAGAAGAUGAGGAAUUAAUGCGACAGCUUGCAGCCGAAGGUGAAGAGCACGUCCGAUUCGCGGCUACAUUGAACUCUACGUCGCACACCGAGAAUACAUUUGAUUACGAGCAGGAGCUCAAACAACUGCGGUCCCAACAAAGAAAGGAUCGCAGGGACGCCGAUGAAGUGUCUCAAAUCAUGAUCUCUGAGUGUCAGCAACUCCUAACGCUGUUCGGCCUGCCAUACAUUACCGCGCCAAUGGAGGCUGAGGCUCAAUGUGCAGAGCUGGUAGCAUUGGGCCUCGUCGACGGCAUUAUCACUGAUGAUAGCGAUAUCUUCUUGUUUGGAGGUACACGCGUCUAUAAGAACAUGUUCAACCAGGGCAAAUUUGUCGAAUGCUAUCUUACUUCUGAUCUGGAGAAAGAAUACGCCCUCCAUCGAAGGAAACUUAUCAGCUUUGCCCAUUUACUUGGCAGUGAUUAUACCGAAGGUAUACCCGGCAUUGGACCUGUUACAGCGCUGGAAAUUCUCACUGAGUUUUCUAGCCUGGAGGAGUUCCGCGAUUGGUGGACCCAAGUUCAAAUGGGAAUGAACUUAUCCGACGGGGAGCAUGCAGCUUUUUACAAGAAGUUUAGGAAGCAGGCUUCGAAAAUCUUCCUGUCACCUUCUUUCCCGAAUGGCCAGGUUGAUGUGGCAUAUCUCGAACCCGAAGUCGACUCGGAUCCAUCUGCCUUCCAAUGGGGAGUUCCCGAUUUACAUGGUCUGCGUAAUUUUCUGAUGGCGACGAUCGGAUGGAGUCAGGAACGGACCGAUGAGGUCCUGGUGCCAGUUAUCCGUGACAUGAACCGCAGAGAACAAGAAGGCACGCAGUCUAACAUCACGGCUUUUUUCCAGGGGCCGCAAGGGGCCGGUGCUUUUGCACCGCGUGUCCGCAGCGGAGGCCAGAGCCGAAUGGAAAAAGCAUUCAACCGACUUCGACAAGAAGCCGGGAGCGAGACAGUCCGAUCUAAGCAAAGUACCGGAGCUGAGACCAACUCGGUGGAGCAUUCGGAAAGCACUGGCUCCUCCCAACCUCCACAAGGGGAGAAAAGUACGGGCACUAAACGGAGUGCACAAACUAAGGAUAGUGUGAGUGGUGACGAUGUCACCGGGAAGAAACGAAGGACCCGACGAACUAUUACAAAGAAGUGACUAAGGCUAUCUCGCUCUUAGUUUUCUUUUUUCUUUUCUCUCUUCCUUCCCAGAUUGUUAUGUAAUAGAAGCUCGAAUAGACUAUACGUAGUUAGAUGGCGCACAACCCCACAGUUAGUCAUAGCCACAUAAUAUUGCUUUGGAGCCAAUAGCUCGGGAUGCGAUCUGACGACGAUCCCUAAUGUGGAGAUAGUCGAUCAUUUGACCUGGAUCUGGAAUUAAAAUUAACCUUAUAUACUAGUCGCAUAUCACAUAUCAUGCGUGGUGGUACAAAUCGUUGCAAGGCGUGUCAUGUCGGGUGAAACGCUAUGAUAUGGUUGAAUUGGAACAACGAUCGAUCUCCUUGUUUAUGAACCAAAAAAAAAAGAUCUUUGAAGGAGGGUCAUGGACAAGGUAACCUCAAGUGUGUGAUGACAUCCUUUUGAGAUUUUCGUCUCGUCAACGUUGGAAACAGCAGAAAAAGUUUGUCGGAGACGGGAAUCGAUGACAUCAGUGACAUGGAAGGAAUGUUUGGGUCGCAAUGACGUCGCAGAUCACGGCUUAGCUCUUGAUGAUCAUUAAAACAGCUCGAGCAGCUUUGCUCCCAAGCUUAUAUUCUUCUUUUUCCCCCGCAG